AUGGCACACCCCGUCUCAGCCUUCCAGGCUGCCUACAUCUCCAUCGAAGUCCUCAUCGCUCUGGUGUCCGUGCCAGGGAAUAUCCUGGUCAUUUGGGCUGUGAAGAUGAACCAGGCGCUGCGGGAUGCCACUUUCUGCUUCAUAGUCUCACUGGCGGUGGCCGACGUGGCUGUGGGGGCCCUGGUCAUCCCCCUGGCCAUCAUCAUCAACAUCGGACCACAGACGGAGUUUUACAGCUGCCUCAUGGUGGCCUGUCCCGUCCUCAUCCUCACCGAGAGCUCCAUCCUGGCACUCCUGGCCAUUGCUGUGGAUCGAUACCUGCGGGUGAAGAUCCCCGUCAGGUAUAAGAGCGUGGUGACACCCCGCCGGGCAGCAGUAGCCAUCGCUUGCUGUUGGAUUGUCUCCUUCCUGGUGGGCCUCACCCCUAUGUUUGGCUGGAACAACCUGAACAAGAUGCGGAGGACUCAGGAUCUGAACACCAGCCACACAGAGUUUGUCAUCAAGUGCCAGUUUGAGACGGUCAUCAGCAUGGAGUACAUGGUGUACUUCAACUUCUUCGUUUGGGUCCUGCCUCCCCUGUUGCUGAUGCUGCUCAUCUACCUGGAAGUCUUCAACCUCAUCCGCAAGCAACUCAACAAGAAGGUCUCCUCCAGCUCCAACGACCCCCAGAAGUAUUAUGGGAAGGAGCUGAAGAUCGCCAAGUCGUUAGCACUGGUGCUCUUCCUCUUCGCGCUCAGCUGGCUCCCUCUGCACGUCCUCAACUGCAUCACCUUGUUCUGCCCAUCCUGCGAGACACCGCACAUCCUCACCUACAUCGCCAUCUUUCUCACCCACGGCAACUCGGCCAUGAACCCCAUCGUCUACGCCUUCAGGAUCAAGAAGUUCCGGACAGCCUUCCUGCAGAUCUGGAACCAGUACUUCUGCUGCAAAACCAACAAAAAUGCCAGCACCACCACAGCCGAGCUGGGCAACUAGGAGCUGGGAGAGAGCAGAGAGGGGUCCUCCGUGCCCAGCC